AUGGGUCUUGGAAGAUUAGUAGGCACACUAAAGUCCAAAAUAAAGUCAUUGAAAUUGAAGAAACCUUACAACAAGGUGGAAAAGAGUGAGAGCAUGAGAGUGGAGAUAAAGAGCAGAAAAGCCAGAAAGCUUAUUGAAGAAACUCUCAAAAUUGCUGAUUCACCAAAGACAAAAUCCUUCAACUUCUGA